GGUCUCCUUCUCCAGCAGCCAUGGCUUUGGAUCUAGAGUUAAGGUUAAGUAUUUUUCCUUGCGCGACCAGAAAACGAAGGCUGGUCGAUGGUUCAGAAUAAGCGAACCUUUCUCCUCCGAUCAGCAAUCUCGGGGACGAUCUCCUAGCAGAAGUUCUGAUUCGCGUCCCGGAACCUGGAUCCGCCUGGCAAUGCAAAGCAGUCUGCAAGCGAUGGAAGUCUCUGAUCUCCGAUCCUCAAUUCGUUCGCCGUUUCGUUUCCCACCACGAGAGCAUCUGGAGCGUCGACGAACCUCCUCUGAUGGCCAUAGACAGUGGGGAAGCCAUCUUGAGCUUCCUCCCCGUGCCCGAUGAAUUAGCUGAUCGAUGGUACUUCCGAAUUUUCGAUUCCUUCAAGGACUUGGUUUUGUGCGGGUUUCAGGAGACGCCCAGAAUCCACUCCGAAUUUUCCAGGUCUCUCUUCGUCUGCAAUCCGUUUACGAAGCAGUGGGUCGCCCUUCCUUUGGCGCCUGAAAUCGCGUCCUCGUCUAGGAUUGGAUCUUUUGUUGCAAGGUUAGUCUGUGAACCCCUUACCUGUAGCUCAAAUGUUGAACUUGAUCUGGGAGAAGGUCGACCACCAUUAGUUUAUUGCUCUGCUUAUCGGUUCCGGGUGUUGUGUAUUUAUCAAAUGAUGAAGAGUACUAGAGUAGACGUGUUUUGUUCGGAGUCUGGAGAGUGCACGAAGGAGGCUCUUGUUCUUGAUGAGCAUUAUCAACUUUUGGCUUGCAAUGGAAUUUCUUUAGAGGUGGCAAUUGGAUCGGAUUCGUGGGUUCGUGGAUCGGAUUCGUGGAUUCGUGGAUCGGAUCCAAAUGGAUUCAUGGAUUCGUGGAUCGAAUCCAAUGGAUUCGUGGAUUCGUGGAUCGGAUCCAAUGGAUCCGUGGAUCCACAACAAUAAAUCAGAACCAGAUCUCAUCCGCCUUUUCCCUUUCUUCCGUUUCUUUUCCAUCUUCCUAAAAAUAACCACUAUUACGAACAAAAUCUUCUCCACCAUGUUAGCUUCUGCAACUUGGAGCAAAUGAAGGAAGCUAGAUGCCUAGACCUACGACAAACAGACAAUUUGGAGGAGGAACAAGGAAACACCACACCGGCGAUGAUACAGGAACAAGGAAACACCCAUAAAACCCAAAUUUCCAAGCUAACAGAGACUCGGCCUAAUUAAACAUAACCGGAUCAAAGCUGUAGAGGCAAACAUACUCAACCUCAGAAGUAGAUCCCAGUUUCCCUCUGCCCUUACUGAAGAGAAAGGGCCGACCAACAACAGUAGGAAGACUACAACUCAAGGAGAAUCAAGACAAGCAGUUCAU